GGGGGCCGGGCCUUGCGGACGUUUGUUGUUGUCCGGCUCGGAGAGGCAGAGGUCGCUCGCUCGCUCCUUUACUCGUUCGGGCCUUGUGUGGCGGUCGGCGGGCAGGUCGGUCGCGGUAGUCGGUCGCCGUGCAGGGGCGAGGCUAUGUCGCGGUGGCAGCCCGGCAGGGCCGGCAGGGCCGGGAGUAACGGGACGUCGCCGCGGAGCCUCUUCCCCCGGAUACAGUGCGGCCCGCAAGGAGGCCGCGGCGCCGCCCUCCGGUCCUGAGGAGCUCGCGCUGCCCGGAGCCCUCACCGCCUUCUUACCCGCGCCGACGUCAACCGGCCUGACCCGGCCCGGCCUGGCCACACCGAGCGCCGCGCAAGCAGGCAGCACUAGCCCCUCCAAGCACAGAACCCCUUCCUCAAGGACAUGAAGCUGUUGGAGAACUCGAGCUUCGAGGCCAUCAACUCACAGCUGACAGUGGAGACUGGAGAUGCCCACAUCAUCGGCAGGAUCGAGAGCUACUCGUGUAAGAUGGCAGGAGAUGACAAGCACAUGUUUAAGCAGUUCUGCCAGGAGGGCCAGCCCCACGUGCUAGAGGCACUGUCUCCACCCCAGACCUCAGGCCUCAGCCCCAGCAGACUGAGCAAGAGCCAAGGUGGUGAGGAUGAGGGCCCACUGAGCGACAAGUGCAGCCGCAAGACCCUCUUCUACCUGAUCGCCACGCUCAAUGAGUCCUUCCGGCCUGACUAUGACUUCAGCACAGCCCGAAGCCAUGAGUUCAGCAGGGAACCCAGCCUCAGCUGGGUGGUGAAUGCAGUCAACUGCAGUCUGUUCUCAGCAGUACGGGAAGACUUCAAGGCCCUGAAGCCACAGCUAUGGAAUGCAGUAGAUGAGGAGAUCUGCCUGGCCGAAUGUGACAUCUACAGUUACAACCCCGACUUGGACUCAGAUCCCUUUGGGGAGGAUGGCAGCCUCUGGUCCUUCAACUACUUCUUCUACAACAAGCGGCUUAAGCGGAUUGUCUUCUUCAGCUGCCGCUCCAUCAGUGGUUCCACCUAUACCCCCUCGGAGGCAGGCAACGAGCUGGACAUGGAGCUGGGAGAGGAGGAGGAGGAGGAGGAAGAAGAGAGCGGAGGUGGAGGCAGUGAGGGCGGACCCGAGGAGACGAGCACCAUAGAGGAGGACAGGGUCCCGGUGAUCUGUAUGUGAGGACGAGGAGCAGAGGCCCCAGCUUCAUUCAGCUUCAACCAGUGCCUGGAACUGCCCACUCGAGGGGCCCCAGGGUCAGCCCCUGGCCCAAGGCCACGCCCACCUAGCCCUUUGGCUCCCUCCUACAGAUGUCUACCCACCCCCACAGGCUCCGGCUGCCCGUGUUGUGGUUGGCCUGGACAGCACAGGGCCUGGUGGGAAGGCCACUGCCUGUCCCAGUGAACCGACAAAGGCAGGGACAGCUGGACUACAGAGUUUAUUUUUGUAUUUUGUGCCGGAUCAGGCGUGGGCCUGCACACUCCAGCCCAAAGGGUCUGAGAUCCAGUCAGCAGGCCCCUGCGGUCACCACCCUGGGCUUGGCCAGCCCCUGGCGCCCACCUGUACCCCUCUCCCCCCCCCCCCGCCACCUCGCCCGUUGGGCAGUGUGCACUGAGUGUCACUUUGCUGCAGCUGUUUGUUUCCAAUAAAAAUUUCUGUGACUUA